UCUAGGUCGCGCGCUCGCCGCCCGCCGCGUCGAUUCUUUCCCCUCCGGCUCCGGCCAGCCAUCCUCUUCCGACGCAUCGAUGCCUCGCCGCAUUCCGACUUCUAGGAUGGUUUCUACGUGCACAGCGGAGACAGAGCAUGGCGAUCAUGUCUUCGAGAUAUUUGAUUACAGCCAACACAGGGGCAUGGGCACCGGAAAGUACAUCAGGUCCUGCAUCUUCUCCGUCGGCGGCUACGGCUGGGCCAUCCGCUUCUUCCCCGAUGGAUUCAGCAAGGCCAGCGAAGGUUACAUCUCAGUUUUCCUCGAGCUCGUGAGCAAGGACGCCAGAGUGCGAGCCAGCUGCGACCUGAGCCUGGUCGACCAGACCACCGGCUUGCCGACGUCAGUGCACAAGACGGAUCUGAGGGUGUUCAAUUCCAGUGGUAAUAGUAGAUUUGCUCCGAUGGGUUGUGAAUUCAUGGGUAGGAGCUAUUUCGAGGCGUCGCCGUACCUUCGAGACGAUCACCUCACCAUCCAAUGCAUUGCUACUGUAAGGAAAGAACCACAUGUAUCUGCACCGGGGUUACUGAAAGAAAUUGAGGUCCCGCCAUCCAACAUUGCGGAGCAUCUUGGUAACUUUUUGGAUGCAGAGGAGGGGGUUGAUGUCACAUUCAGUGUUGGAGGAGAGAGUUUCACAGCACACAAGGUCGUGCUUGCGAUGAGGUCACCAGUUUUCAGAGCAGAGCUGUUUGGGCGAAUGAGGGAGGCGAAUGAACAGGUAGUGAUGAUCGAAGAAAUGCAACCGGAUGUUUUUAGGGCCCUGCUGCAUUUCAUCUAUACUGAUUCUUUACCUGACAUGGAUGAUCCGGAGGGAAAGGCUAACGGAGAAAUGAUCCAUCACUUGCUCGUGGCUGCUGAUAGAUAUGCUGUGGACAGGCUGAAGUUGGUAUGUCAAAGCAUCCUUUGCAAGAAUCUUGAUGUGGAGACUGUGUCAACUACAUUGGCUUUGGCUUAUCAGCAUAACUGCGAAAGGCUUAAAGAUAUUUGCCUAGAGUUUAUCACCAGUUCAUCAAGCGUGAUGGAUUCAGUGGUGGCAACCCAAGGUUAUAAGAAUCUGAAGACAACCUGCCCAUAUGCACUGGUAGAUGCAUUUGAGAAGUCAAGGAAGUUUCAUAAAGCAUAA